CGAGCAGCAAACGAGCAGCAAACGAGCAGCAAACGAGCAGAAGCCGACCCCCUGAUACUCCUAUUGCUGGCAGCCAUGAGCGAUCCCGGUGCCGCCUUUGCCGAUGGAGUCUCGCUGGCUCGAACACACAUCUCCUUCACCCCGGCCUAUCCAUCGGAUGCGUCGCCGCUCCUGGUCUACUGGGACUGCGUUGUGCCUGACCCAGAAGGAAGCUCGCCCUAUCUUUCCUCGGAGCAGCAGCCCCGGUCAACAUCCUACAUUGCCAUUGCCUCUGCCUCGGACUCUCAUAUCCAGUGCGUCCUGCUGAAGAGCCCCGAGGUCGAAGCCACAUUCCAGAUUGGCACCAAGGGGUCGAUUCGCCGCCUUGCCCUGUCUCCUGACGGCUCCUUUCUCGGAACUGUUCGCUCGGCCAAACAACUGGAAGUCUUCACGACACAUUCGACCACGCCUGUGUUCACGACCACAAGAGACACCAAGCCGAGCGAUGUCAUCCUGGGGGUCGAGUGGACCGAGAAGAACACAUUUGUCUGUGUGACGAAUGAGAAUCUCGACUUUUAUCAGUAUUCCGACGGGCGGUCGACCUUUGUCCAGAAGCGAUCGUACACAAUCAGCUCGAACUGGUAUCAGUACUCUCCCGAGCACCGUCUUCUGGCUGUGUCGACAGGUCCGCGAACGCUGACGCUGUAUCGAGUUGGCUCGGACUCGACGCUGAAGGCUCUACCAAUCCUGCGACUGGAUAAUCUCAAAAUCGACCCGGCCACGAAUGCCGUUGUGGCACUCGCAAACGGCCAGAGCACCCACCGGACACAGGUCCUUGGGUCGAACUUGAACGUCGUUGGGCGCCGGAAUGUUUCGUUUGUAACUCUCUACGGUACUGUCUAUUGCGUCUAUCUCGACACCACUCCUGGCGCAGCUACUCCUGGAAGCCCUCCGCCCUGCAACCUGUUUCUCUACGAAAUCACAAAGACGGCGUGCCGACUGGCGUACUCGUUCGUCGCGGAGCACUCGAGGUGGCCAAACAUUGCGGCCGUGAACGAUAUACUUGUGGUUGCAUCCAUGGACAGACAGAGCGCACACAUGUUCGACCUGAAGCUCGGCGAUCCAGCUGGGUUCCGGACCAACGUAUGGAUCGAGACUGAUUCAGGCGAGCACUCGCCGUCAGAGCUUCGGCAUCAGAGCGACUGGCAGAUCGACUCCUCGAACCGGCUUUUGUCUCCAUCCCGAGGGUGUGUCUACGAGCUCCGCCUCAACGUCGAGGCCAUGGCGCUGCACUAUGAUGCCAAGGCUGUCGCUCAGACCAAGAGACGUCUUCAGACCGAAACACUCAACUUUCUGAUCCGUCGCCGAACGGAGGAAGCCUUGCUGGUCUGCCUGUCCCUGAUUCGCGGCUACAUCGAGAACGGCGUCGAGCCAUCGGCCCUGCGGACCAUCUUUGACACUUACACCAAAAUGGGCAGCAAGGCCAAGCUCGGAUAUGACGCGGCUCUGCGUCCCUCCGACUCGACCGACUCGACCGACUCGAUCCACUCGAUGGCGUCGAGCCGUCAAACCAAGGCGUUCCCCAAGGCCAAGUUGGUUGGCAACACGAUCGGCAAGGGUUACUUUGCCAAGACAGACGCCAGCGGCGAUCCGUCGCCUGUUCUGAGCCAGGAGCAGCUCUAUACCCAUGUGUUUGGCAUCCUGGCCAACGACAAGAGCGUCCCAACACCCUACUUGACGCACGUCUUGCUGGAGUACGUCACAUCGCUGACGACGUACGGACAGCCGGUGGAGCCGUACAUUUACGAGCUAUGGGCGAGUCUGUUGUGUCGCAGCGAUCUGGACCACGAGCUCGUCGAGCAAAUCCGGCUUGGCGUUAUCGAGCCGUCGCCAGCGCUGGGUCGGCUGCUGCUUCUGCGCGGGGGGCGGCUCAACGGGGCCGGACCGCUGUCACAGCGCGAGCAAUGCCAGCAGCUAGGGUUGGAUAUGCUGACAAGACUUGGACGCUACGACGAAGUAGUCGAACACCUGCUGGGUCUUGGCCAGAUCCACGAGGCCGUUGCUUUUGCUCAAGACCAUGGGGCUCUGCCCGAGGUACCCAGCGUUCGCUAUCUUGAAGCCGCGCACGAAAGCAAGGACAAGACCCUGUUCCUGAACGUCUAUCAGCUGCUGGAGCGGAACGGGAUGCUGCAGCCGACGCAAAACCAGGGCGUGGGCCGAUUUGUGUCGAUCUACCGCGAGAUGUGGGACGAUGUUGUGCUGAUGGUCGAGGUGGGCACAGAAGGGCUGUAAAAAAGCGGGUUCAAGACCAAGCAAUCCUGCGUGCGGGCGGAUGUCGAAGACCGACAAGCAAGCAGACAGCUCAAUACACCUGAUGACCGCAGCGACAGCAAUCGCAAUGGCGGUUCAGCCCAACGCCGAAGGCGAGUGCUGCUCGA